UUUCCGGCAAGAUGGUUGCUCCCUGUCGCUUCCUGCUUGGUGAAUGUCGCAUCAAUUAAUGCGCAACCGAUGCACAGGAAUACGUUUGAGUCACUUUCUGGCUGCUGGGGGACGAAGUGAUAACAGCUGUAGUCGUUUGUCUCAAACUUUUAGAAACGAUGAAACAUGCUAACGAGGACUAGCUCACCAGUUCAUGUGCAAAGUGGACUAAAGAUGGUUGUGGUGUUGUAGCUGCUCAGCAAGAUGCUGGCCAAGUGUUUUAAUCUGCAGAACAGUGAGUUGUGUCUCACGACCUUUCACCCAGUCACACUAACAUGUCCCAGUUAGGCUCGCAAACAUGGAAGAGCUCUAUGUAAACAAAGACAGGUGUUUCACUGCCCCAGAGGUGUGUUCAGGGGCCGUGACUCAGAGCUGGAGGGCCUUCAUCCAACGACAGGUGUUUCUGUGUGACACUGUUCUGGUUCGGGGACAACAGAGGCAUCUCAAGAAGACGGAAAUAAAGUCCCUUCGGAGGAACUGUCUCUCUUAGUCCUGACAUGGCUCACUCACAGAUCCGACUGAAAAUUCUCCCCAGUGUUCGCUGUCUCUUUGACAAACUGGUGCAGGUGAAAGUAGACGGACUUGCUCCUUUCAAACCAGUAGAACUGAGGUCGAAGUUGGUUGACGACAGAGGGAUGAUUUUCAAGGCUUCCGCCUCGUACAAAGCAGAUGAGACCGGCCGGGUGGAUGUUUCCCGCGCACCUUCACUGGGAGGAAGCUACACCGGAGUGGAGCCCAUGGGUCUGUUUUGGGCCAUGUCUCCAGACACUUCGCACAGUAAACUGCUGAAGAAGAAUGUGCUCAGCCCGAUUCUGGUGGAGAUAGCAGCAGUAAGUCAGGAGACUGGUGAGCUGCUGAUCUCUGAAACUGUGGAGCGAGGAUUCAUGACAGAAGGGAUGAGGAGAGUUCCGGUGCAAGAGGGCAGGAUACGAGGAGUCCUCUUCAUUCCUCCAGGAAAGGGUCCUUUCCCUGGAAUAGUGGAUUUGUACACUCUGGGUGGAGGUCUCAGUGAACCCAGAGCAAGCCUCCUGGCAAAUAAAGGCUUUGCCGUUUUGGCACUGGCUUAUUAUGGCUACCAGGAUUUACCGAAAAUGCCCUCAAAGCUGGAUUUGGAAUACUUUGAAGAAGCUGUAACAUUUCUGAAGAACCAGCCAGAGGUCAAAGGUCCUGGGGUCGGCAUCAUCUCCAUCUCUCACAGUGGAGCUUUGGCUUUGUCAAUGUCCUCUUUCCUAAAUGGGAUCACAGCAACCGUCUGUAUUAAUGGCUGCAUUGGAAACACUGCUUUCCCCCUCCAUUAUAAAGACAUUGUGAUACCUCCGCUCCCUGCUGUCACCAAGAAUGUUAAAAUAACUGACUCUGGGCUUUUCUGUAUACACGACUUCAUACCAGGCCCGACCUUGGAGAAGAACCAAGCAUCUUUGAUCCCGAUUGAACGCGCAAGCUGCCACUUCCUGUUCGCUGUCUCUGAAGACGACCAAAACUGGAACAGUGCUUUGUUUGCACAACACGCUGCUGCAACGCUGAGAAAUCAUGGCAAAGAAGAAUCAUGUCAGGUGGUGACUUACCCUAAAGCGGGACACUUUCUGGAGGUCCCUCACAUGCCUUUCUGUCCGUCUGGCUUUCACGCUGUAGUGAGGAACACCGUGGUGUUUGGUGGCGAGCCAAAAGCUCACUCUGAGGCUCAGCUGGACCUGUGGGAACGAGUCCAGGCGUUCUUCAAGAGCCACUUGGACAAGUAGAGCACUUGUUAGCAAGGAGUGUUGAGUCAAGCUUGUCAAGCAUCCCAGAGUGGUCAUCCUUAGCUAUGCUCACCUUGUGUGGAAUUUCUAAUGAAUUUAACAAACAUUGCCAACUCAACGUGGCUUUAACGAAAGUUAAAUGGGUAUUUUUGGUUUUCUGUUUAAUUAUUACACUAACACAUCUAAAUAGAUCACAGCCGUCACGAUUGUGCUCUUCCGAAAAUAACAUAACACACUUUGUGCUGUUGUGGGAAAAAGAAACUGUUGUCGAGACCAUAACUAUUUGGACGGUGACACAAUUUUCAUCAUUCUGCCUCAGUACACUAAUCAAAUGGUUUUUAAAUGAAGCCAUGAAGAUGUUGUAGAAGUGUAGAUUGUU